AUAAACUCAUACCAUAAUUUUAUACUAUAAUAUAAUUACAUAAAUAUAUAAUGUGUAAUGUACUAAAAAUUAUAAUUUACUAACUAAUCUACGCGUACGUAUGGUGUUUUAUACGUAAAGACUGUAGCUGGGAUCACCAAGUAAUGACAAAAUCUUCUAUAGCUAAGGAUUGAAAACAUAAAACAAGGUUCCACAUUAAGCAACGAUUAGUCAAUUUUUCAUCUGAAGUACCAAAUUCCAAAAAAGAAGAGAGUACCGUAUUUACCGAUGAAGAUUUUGAGAAAUUUGAGCGUGAAUAUUUUCAAGACUAAUGGAUGAUUUUACACUAGGAAAAAUUAUCAUAGUCAUAGUGCUAACUAUAUUUGCUUAUUUUACUUGUUGGCUAUUCAUACCACCAUUUGCUGAUUCAGAAUCAUUUAUUUAUCAAUUAUUCCCAUCCAUUUAUAAUGCACUGGUGAUGCCAGUUUCAAUUGGUGUAUUGUUUAUAAUUAGUCUGAUAAUUUAUACUUGUGUUGCUAUAAAUUAUUAAAUUAUGGCUAAACAGUUAGUUAUUGUAAUCGCAGGAGUUACAUGUGGGGGCAAGACUACUAUCGCCAACCGUCUUACAAACACAUUUAAUGAUGUUUCAAUAUUACAUCAAGAUGAUUUUUACUAUACUAAUUAUGAAGACCAUUUGGAAAGUAUUCCAGAACUUAAUUACCAUGCUUGGGAUAAAAUAAGUGCCUAUGAUAUGGAUAAAAUGAUGGCUACAAUUGAUUCUCAAACUUCUAACAUUUUAGUGCUUGAAGGAAUUCUUUUACUGGAUGAUAUUAGAAUUUUUAAUUUAGCAGAUUUAACAUUUUUUAUUGUUUUGGAUAAAAAAAAUUGUCGGGAUAGACGUGUAGCUAGAACAUAUUUGCCUCCAGAACCAUCUGGGUAUUUCGACAAGUAUGCUUGGCCUGAGUAUGUAAAUCAUUUAGAAAUGAUAAAAAAAAAGAAACCCGAUGUUAUAUUUUUAAAUGGUUCCGACAGCAUUGAUUUUAAUACUUCUAUUGUUGUAAAUCACAUCAAUCAACUAGUAUUAAAUUUAAAAUAAUAAUUUGUAUAUUUAUCCAUCAGUUUUUUUCAGUUUGUAUUUCAUAAUAUGUUAU